AUGGUUCGCCAAGCGCAAACUCGCUCCUCAAGAAGCCGGACAUCCCCCUCCCGUCAAUCUAAACGUCCAAGACAGGCUGAACCUGAUGUUCCCACUCCAGAUGUCUACCAAGAAAUGCUGGAGGAGGCUGAAGCCCGCGAUCCGGGCGAAUUUGCCUCGGACAGGCCAAUCAAGAGGCGCAAAGCCGCGGAUAUGAAAGCUAUUCCUGUAACAAUAGGGUCAACGGAGCAAACACACGAGCAUCCAGAAGUCAACAAAUAUGACACCCAGGCGGUGCAAACCGUCUACGAUUCAUCGACCUCGGAAGAGUCAGACGUUGAGUGGGAAGAUGUUGAGAUACCCCAAGCACCUCAGACUUUGCUCCCAGAACGUGCCGCAAAUCAAGGCGGUGACGAGAUGCUUGAGAUCACGCUGGAGCAGGGAUCCGAGAAGCGCAAACGUGCUGUUCAUAGAAGGAAGCCUUUGACCGCAAGCGAGAGGAAAGCUAGGUUGGAGGUGCAUAAAUGUCAUCUUGUCUGCCUCUUUGGCCAUGUUAGGUUCCGCAAUGCGUGGUGUAAUGACGAACAAUUACAGGAAUUCUUGAAGAAAAUGCUACCCAGGAAGGUGAUUGCCCUACUACAUCCAGACGAAAAUAAACCACAUUACACCAGAUCUACUACUUUCAUGGACGGACUCAACGAGGCGGGAGAUGCCUUCACACGCAGGUUCCGGGUAACGAAACCGGGAUUAAAGCGAGCUCAUUGGGCCGAAGAUGAAACGCAGUUGAAGAAGAAAUUGGAGUCAAUUAUGUCGAACGCUGAAGUCUUUCUAUCAAAGGAGGAUUUUCGAACUCAAGCUCAGACAAUGCAAGGAUCUCGAGAUUUCGGGGCCCAGCUAUUCUGUGCUCUACUGCGCUCUGUGGCUGUAGAGGCAAGGCUUGUCUGCUCCUUGCAACCGUUGCCGUUCUCUGGUACUAUCAAAGACAUGUCGCAGUCGCCAUCCAAACCAAAGCCGGAAUACAUUGUCAUAUCUUCAGACGAUCAGGGAUCAUCAACGGAUGACAAUCGCAAGACCGAAAAAUCGCCUGCAGCUUCAAGGGUUCGACGUAUUGGGCAGCCUAAAUUCGCACCCUCACGUCCUCCUCAGCCAAAGUCACACCAAGCUCUCUAUUCAACAUCCCGCGAUUCCUCAUUUCCGGUAUUCUGGGUGGAAGCCUUCAACGAAGCCGCACAAAAAUGGGUCCCAAUUGACCCUGUUGUAACAAAAACCCUUGCUAAACCCUCGAAAUUCGAACCGCCUGCCGGCGAUCCUCAGAACUUGAUGAACUAUGUUGUAGGUUUCGAGGAUGACGGCUCCGCGAGAGACGUUACUCGACGCUAUGUGAAGGCAUUCAACGCAAAGACGCGGAAGCUCCGUGUGGAAAUAACACGAAAUGGUGAGAAGUGGUGGCAGAGAGUGCUGAGGCGCUAUGAAAAGCCUUUCUUGGCGGAUCGGGAUGCGGCAGAGAUCAGUGAAUUGACCUCUAAAUCCGCAGCCGAGCCCAUGCCGCGCAGCAUACAGGACUUCAAGGACCAUCCUAUCUAUGCCCUUGAGCGACACCUCCGUCGCAAUGAAGUAAUUCAUCCCAAACGAGUUAUUGGACACGUUGGGUUGGGCAAAAGCACAGCACGGAAUGAAGUAUCGGAGCCUGUUUAUCGUCGCUCUGACGUACAUAUUGUACGAAGCUCCGAUAAAUGGUAUCGACUUGGACGAGAUGUCAAAGUUGGCGAACAGCCUCUCAAGCGUGUCGCUGCAAGUCGUAACAAGGUCGCAGGAUUCAGCGACGACGACGAUGAUAAUGAGCCUGAAGAGACUACCCUAUAUGCUGAGUUCCAGACGGAGCUAUAUGUUCCGCCGCCAGUGAUUCAGGGAAGGGUGCCGAAGAACGCAUAUGGAAACCUCGAUGUUUAUGUGCCUACUAUGGUCCCCCCUGGUGGAGUUCACAUCAAGCGGCCGGAGGCAGUUCGGGCAGCCCGAAUACUCGGCAUUGACUAUGCUGAUGCAGUCAUUGGGUUUGAAUUCAGAGGUCGUCGUGGCACGGCUGUGCUUGGGGGCAUUGUCAUUGCUUCCGAGUACCACGAGGCACUUGAAGAAGUUUUGAGGGGCCUCGAGGAUGAGAGACAGCUCGCUGCACUGGAGGCAAGGACUGCCGAGGCUCUCCGUUUCUGGCGUCUCUUUUUGGUGAAGCUCAGGAUCGCAGAAAGAGUUAAGCAGUAUGCGGGCGACGAAGAACAACAGCCACAGGUUGAGGAUAUCGAGGAAGAAAUGGACGUUGAGGACGCCGGUGGUGGUUUCUUCCCUGAACCAAAUCAACAAAUCAGAAGCCCACCUCGGAAAAUGCUGGGAAAUGAAAGGCUGCCACACAACCAGCAUUCGCGCGAAAGCUCCACAGGAAAGGAAGCGGUGCAGGCAUCCGCAGAAGAACAAUCGGAUGUUGGAGGAGGAUUCCUACCAGACGAGCCCGACGAGCCUGGUCCAGCGUCGGAUCUGGAUCAAGUGCAAUCUCCAAAAGUUACUCCCCUAUCCACAAAUCUGCCGCCGAUACCAGCAAGCGAUGGCAGCAAGAAACCAUCUUUCACGCCUCGCUACUCACUGGUAGUUGUUCCCAAGCACGACCCAAACCCGCCAUCCGCUCCCCAGGAUCUGGUAGGGUCAACUGAGAAUGAACCCAUUGCGGUGGACUCAUCUACAAAUGAUGGUUCCAAAUCCGCAAGUGUUAUCACCAUUUCCCGGCCACCAUCCCCGGCGCGCGAAGAACAACGGUCACCAGCGCCGAAAUACGAUUCUGACAGCGAGAUCGAAAAAGGAUCUCUGCUUUCCGAGGAUCCUGAGGAUGAGGAUGCGAUACCGGAAUGGCUCAUGUUUGAUGAGGACUGA